UCUUCAUUUACAGAGAGCCCCAACAAUGGCUACCAGCACCACACCCUCGUCCCUCAUGCUAACGUACGCCUCCUCCUACGUGCACCCACAAGACCUCACUCCCUCCCUCGUCUCCUUCCAGCCAGAGCCCCUCUUCAAAACCCUCUGCCUUUGCCCGCUGGCUCUGAGGCCUCGCGAGAUAAAACCAAGCAAAUGUGCCAAUUCCGAGCCUCAACGAGUGCCCGCGGCGGCUCUGACGGCGGAGGCAGAGGUAUCUGAGGAUGUGGAUGAGAACGAAGAAGUGAAAGGAGGUGAUGGGUCUGUUGCUGUUGCUGUUUCUUCAAAGCCCAAGAAAGGGAAGGCUGCAUUGCUUUUGAAGAGAGACAGAACAAGGUCCAAAAGAUUCUUGGAAAUUCAGAAAUUGAGGGAAACCAAAAAAGAGUAUGCGCUGCAGCCUGCCAUUGCUUUACUGAAAGAAAUGACAAAUACGAAAUUUGUAGAAACUGCUGAAGCCCAUUUCCGCCUCAACAUUGAUCCAAAAUAUAAUGACCAGCAGCUAAGAGCAACUGUAAACCUGCCCCAAGGGAACUGGACAGACUCAAAGUGGCUGUUCUUACUCAAGAGAACAUUUUAUUCUUUGAAAAAGUUGCAUGCUAAGAAGAGGAAGAUUGUUGAUAGAAGAGCCUCUAAGAGUCGCAUGAUAAGGUACAAUGUUUAUGAGAACACAUUAAAUUUCAUGGCUCCAAAGACCAUGGCCGUUUCUCCUAUGCUUCCUGAGCUCAAUAAUUUGUUCGGGUUGAAUAUGCAGAAACCAGCUUCCGUAGUGUAGUAGCGAUGCAAGGCUGAAUGAGCUGUAUAGUCCUUAGAUCUCAGGCUAAGAAAUUGUCUGCUUUUAAUUUAUUUGAUAUAUUAUUCUAAUAUUUGUUGUACUAAUAUUUAUGCAAUUUACACAUUUUUUCAAUGGGAGCCGAGCAUGAUUUUGUUGUAAAUGACAGUUAAUAUCUGUAAAUUUGACAUUUAUAAGCACAUAUGCUGUUUUUGCUUUCCCCGGUGCCGAAAUGUUUUCCACCAAUUCGAAAAAUUGAUUCUUGCCCGGUAUUGCGUAUGUCAAAGUCCUUUCCUUAUGUGUACAAUCAAUUUUUUUCUUCCAGUUAUUUACUGCUAGUAUACAUACAACCAUCUGUUUAUUUUCUCUGGUACGAGAUUUUAUGCAAUCAGUGGCAGGAAAGAAAAAUUCUGAAGUAUCGAUAAUGUU